UGUUUUAGAGGGACGGUCUUCAUCGUUUUGGUGAUUUCGUGAUAUACUUUAGACAUUAUGUGAUGUAAAAUAAAUUGUUCGUAGAGCUAUCAUUAUUAUAGUAUAACAUUUUGGAAAGUAGAAAGUGUUAAAAAUUUUAGUACGUAAACAAGUUACUGCUCUUCGUGUUAGUAUUUCAAACAUUUUGCCAUUCACUUGCUGAAGAUCCUCAUAGUCAAUAUUCAGGUUUAUUUUUGUAUGUUCAACUUCAUACGCAUUGAAGAUCGAACUACUAUUACUCUUAAGAAACUAGUCACGAGAUUCUUCCGGACGGCAUCCAGACGAAGUUUAGAAUUAUUUGUAUGAAGUCUACAUCUAUUUCCGUGUGUUUCAUUUAACAAAGUGCCUUUUGGAUCUUUAGUUCGAAAUGUAUCACUGCAUUGCUUCGUUACAAUCGUGGCACCAUAUUAUACUCUAGUGACCAUAGAUCUUAGUACGGUUCGGUUUAGUAGGUAAUAAUUCAUUUAGGGGUUUGCAAUGCCGUUAACCUUUUAAAAGUGCGUAGUUAGUGUGUUUAUGCCGUUGCUUUUUAGAUUACAAUAAAGUAACUUUAUACGCUUUGGUACAUAAUUGCUAUUUGUUCUCUAAUUGUUAGAGUUACUACCGACUAAGUUUUUUUUGGAUACAGUUCUUGUCUCAGUAAACUUGGUCUACCACUGAACUCCAGACAAAUAGCUCUGUUACAAUAUCACGUAUUAAUGUAUUUUCUUUCUCACCCACUGUGACAUUUCCUAUCCCCCUCGUCUUUCCACUCACAAACGUGAAACAGUUGAUAGCAGUAAUUUAAAUUGUCUCGUAAGAUGAUAGGCACAUUUUCUGUUGUUUAUCACUGUCAACGCUAGCUUAUAUAACUUUCAUCCAGUGAAGAAUGAUCCAUUUUAUUGAGCGGUUCAGACGUAAAAAAUGCCAGGCAAAUGAAUAACAUCAAAUAAACAAAAAUCACCUCAAAAUCGUUUAACUCUAUUAAUUAGUGUUCUUUAUCCUCAUUUCAUCGAGAAGAGUUCUUGUUUUUGAAUCUAGGCUGUGGCUAUUCAAAUGGACUAGCGUUAGUUACUCAUUGCAUUACUCAGUUUGUUCGGCUGAGCCCUAUAUCUCUAGACCGGUACUGGACUCCUGAAGUGGAAACGGCUAAGAGGAAUUCAGAACAACAACUUGAGCAUCCUUAAAUCUUCCACCUAACUAAUCAUACUCUUCAUCCUAGGUUUUCAACACAACUUUAAGAUACGAUUUUCGUGUCUCAAUAGGCAUAAAAUUCUAUAUAUGCAUAUAGGGUGACUUGCUUGACAUGCACGGAUAGUAAGUUUAGCAAAUAAUAGAGGAAUAAAUAAAACCAUGUGUUUUCUAUCAGUAGGGCCCGAUUUUUGACAAAAAAGUUGAGAAAGUUUAGCCCAUCUUAUGUCUCACAUUAAUUAGUAAGGACACAGGAGACUUGUCUAAUUUGGCUUUUAAAGUUUUUGUUUACAUGGGAUUAAGUAUGAGUCGUAAACAGUAGAUAGAUUGCCAAUAAUGAAAUUUUUACACCAGAAUCUGAUUUAAUGCAGAAAAAUUCACUACACGUGCCUGUACAUAAGUUAUAUUUUUAAAUGCCUCAUCAUGUAUUAAUUCACAUAUAUUUCGUUCUGUUCACUUUCGUUUUAAAAACAAGUCGCCGUUGUUUUGUAUUCUCUUUUACACAGAUCCCAUUCAUAAUUUAAAUGAAAUGUUCCGCAAAAGCUUUCUUGCUUGGCAUUUUAGUUUAAUUCUGUUAAUUGAUAAUUCAAAUGGUUCAGAUGUUGAAUUCGAAUUCCCCCCCAGUCCUUACUCAUCAGACUUCAAGAAAUGUGGACUCGACAAAAAGGGAUACGUUUGUGAUCCUGAUAAAAUUCUUGACUAUUCUGCUAGACAAUCAAUAAAUGAAUUGUUAUUACAUUAUCCUCGAGAAACACCAUGUUUAUGUCGUCAUCCGUGUUUUAGAAAUGAAGUUAAUCAAAACGCUAGACUUGUUGUAACAGCCCUAGUUUCGAAACCAUUUUCAAAUAAAAAUGCUUCAAUCGUACAAUAUGCAAACAAUAUUCGAAAUAAAUGGAAAAUUGGAGCAUGCAAUGGUAAUGAUGUUUUAAUUUUAAUCACAGGAAAAGCUCUUCAUAUUUCAUAUGGUUCAUUAGUAGCACGAGCUUUAAACUCAGAAUGUACACGUCGUUUAAUUGGUCGUUUUGAUGCUAAUAAAGAAAUCAUUACAAAUAUUCGUCAAACAGCAUUUAUUCUACGUGAAUAUUUUCUUGAUCCAUGUUUAUGUCGACCGUGUAAAACUGCUUAUUCAUGGUUUAAAAUACCAGCUAUGCUUUUAGCAUGUUUUUGUCUAUUAACAUGGUUAAGUUUAGUUGGUCGUAGAGCAUAUUUACGUCGUAAUAAUUUGAAUACACGUCCAUAUUGUUCAUUAUCUGAUCUUACUUAUACAACAACAAAUAGACAUCAUUAUCAUCAUACACGUUCAUCACGUUCUGGACGUAUUCGAACUGGUGGAUUUUCUUCACCAUUUAAUAUAUGGGAAACAAGACCAUAUCGUUCAAAUAGUAUACAUGGUAUAGAAAGUACGAACAAUAUGUCAAAUUCAAAUUGGUGUAAUCUUUCUUCAUGUAUGUUAUAUUCACUUGAUUAUUUUCAUUGUCUUAUGUAAUACUUUGUUUUUUGUUAGAAUUGUAAUUAUUUUUUUUAUUGCAUCAAUCUUACUUUAUUGACAAAAAACUAGGUUAGAUUUACUCUUUUAUAGUUUAAAUCAUGAAUUGAUUUUCAAGAAAUAACCAUUGAAAAGUAGGAAAUACUGGAGAUUUGCUCCAUCCUUGUUAGCCUUUAGAUCAGUUAAUCUUCACACAAUGGUUCACAUUUCUAAAUUCAAUCGAUUCGACAUAUUUCACUACCAUUUUCUGACCCCAUUAGUCAUUGAUGGUUAACUAAUUAGUGUUGAACACGGUUGAACUCUAUUACCCUCACUAGAAUUCAUAAAUGAAAAACCACUAGACAAAUGUUUCGUUUUAUGUUAUGAUUCCAUAACUAAUGCUGACCUUCUUGUGCUCCCGGCAUAUAACUUUCUUACACAUUACCAUCAACUUACAAGCUUUUCACUGGAUAAAUAAUAAGCCUAAAUGUUGUAUUACUUAUAUUUUUAACUCCGAAUGACUUAUACUAAAACUUAACCAUUAAAGAACCACUUUAAACGUUCGAGGAGACUUUACACCUUCAUCUCGCCUGAAAUCAGACCCAGAACAUAAGUUUACAUAAGUAAAUUAGUAAACUGUACAUGUUAAAUGUGAGGAUGGCCCCUGGUGAACUCAAGGAAGCACUAAGAAGCUCUAAAAGAGUCAAAAACAUUCCAUCCAGUCAUCAUUUGAAAGAACAUUCCCGAAUCUCGGCGUAUAGCUUCCCAAUUGGACAAAUACUAAAACCACCUCAUGCAGAUUGAAUGAUUGUAAUGGUGAUUUCGUUUUUAUUAUAAACUAUAAAUACCCGAGUGUUUUGUAUCAUAUUUAACUGGUUGGAAUAUGAUUUCUUCCCCUCUCUCUCCUAUUUUCUAACUUGCAACUUAAAGGAUUCAAGCGUUCGAGUACUCAAGUUGUACACGGUAUAGUAAAAAUUCAAGUUCUUGAUUUAACAGUAAAAUUGAGAAUAUCUUAAAUUUUUCAACCAGGUCAAUAGCUGAACAAAUAAAAUGUAAUAUUCCAUAAAUUAAAUUCACUAUGUAAUAUUUGAAUCAACCAACAACUUAAGUUCAAUUGCAUUCAUGCUGUGUCAAUCACUGCUUAAUUAUGAAGUAUACUGAUUGUAUAUGAUAUAGGUCACAAAACUAGAACUAACAAGUUUUCUAACUGAAUAAUCAGAAUCAUACCAUAUGACUGAACAAAAUAUAUUUGGCAUAAUCAUUAAUUAUUAUUAUUAUUAUUACUUCAUAUAUUUGUAAGUACAAAGAUUAUUAUCAUUAUCAUGAGUAUAAUGAAUCGAUAAAAUGAAAAAUAUCCUAUGGAUCAUUGAACAUUGACUUCGACCGACAACACAAUAAUAGUUUGAUAAAAGAAAGUAGUUUAAUGCAUUGCAUUCUUUAAUUCCUCAAAAAAAAAGUUUUCAGUGAGUAAGACCAUAAUUUAUGGACGACCUUUAAGUGAUGAUAAAGUAUUAACCAUCGUUUUCAGAUGCUUCUAGAAUGUUUAAGAUUACCUACAGUUCGUAAUUACAUAAAUUAACAUGAGAAUGAGUUUUGUGGAGAUGUUAGUAGUUUUAAUAGUUGAGAUCAUGAAUCAAUUGAAGCUAGUUUCAAGUGAGAAGCAGUGAUCAGUGGAGUUCUACCGGGUCAGUUGUGAGAUAGUAACUCGCUGAUGACAAUGGUGGAUGUAUCGCUCAAUUUCGUGGACUAAUUGAAGUUAGACAUUAACACCGUUGGAUGCCGGCUUAGUGGUCUAGUGGUUAAGUGCUCGCACGCGAGUUCAGUAGGUGCUGGGUUGGAAUCCCGCGAGGCGAGGCCGUGGAUGUGCACUGCUGAGGAGUCCCUUAAUAGGACGAAACGGUCCAGCUUUAAUUGACUCAUGAUCUCAACUAUUGAAAUCACAUAAAUUAACCUACAAAGUAAAGUGCUUUCAUAUUUCUUGUAUUCUGUUUUUUUUUCUUUUUGGGAUUCAAAGUUAAAUAUUUCUGUGGAAUAGGAAAAGUUUAGGAAUUCAAUGUCAGUCGUGUUCAAUGUAGAAUAUUUAUCAGUAGCGAAAAAAGAUGUAAUAGAACAACCUUCAUACUCGUUAUAUCAAUCUAUGAUAUUAGUGUGUGACUGGUAAAUUAUAGUUUGACUUAUGUAGAACGAUUUAGUGUUCUUGAUUCAACUAGUCAAUCAGUUAAAUAGCUUACAAAUGUGACACUUAUAUGCUUCGGUUCAAGUUACCACAUCACAUCUUCCUGGCCAGAUGAAAUUAUUAAGACAAGUAUUAGAGUAACAUAACUACUAUCAAUAUUAAUAGUGGCGUAAAAGAUUAAACAUAAACAAUAUGACUCGGGAAAAAAAGUGAAAUUGCACAACAAAAAGUAUUAGAUAAUUUUAAAACUCGAGAUCUAAAAGAAGGCAGAUUGAUUAGAUCUGGGUCAUUGCAACCCAUUCUAAACUGUCACUCAAUAUCUCAACCCAUUAAUUAUGACAAUCUCGUAGACACUAACCCAAUAAUUUGCUCAGCCUAAAAGUUAAUGACUUCAUGAACUUGGUGUCAUAUCUUGGUUUAGUCGUCCCUAUCUAUUUUCCAACUUACUCCCAAACCAGGUAACAUUGUACGUCGAGACAAGCAGUUUUUUGGCAUACAUCUCUCAACUCUUUAACUUUGGAUUAUUCUAUUCUAAUAGAGUUACGAAUCAUUUUUACCAUACUUCUCAUUCACUAUAUUUAAAAUUUAACAUAUACUAUGAUUGAUAUAUCGAAAUACAUUACAUUAAUCCUAUUUCCCAAAUGCUUACUUACAAGAAUGUAUCAUUAUCAAAUUUUAGAAUCAACGUUUCUCAACUCGGUAACAAGAAAAAACAAAAACAAGAUACCUAAACACUAUUUAAACUAAUCUAUUUUAUUUUUGCAGUUUAACUAAUCAAAUACGUUCACAACAACAAAAAUAUGCUUUAAGUAUGUCUUCUAAUCUAGCAAAUACCAAUGUACAUAGUUUCAAAUUAUUCUCCAUUUAAAAAUAGUUUUAACAUCUACAAAUUGUUAAAAAGAUUUUACAUUCAAUAACUAGAAUGAUUAAAUUAAUAUGAGGCAAUAAAAAUGUGUUGUUUUCAAUUUAAUUUAAUUCAAUUCUAAAUACACCCUUCCUAUUUCAAUCAAUACAAGAACGAUGUCUUCUCUGAUAAUUUCCCUUUCUAUUCUACAAGCAUUGGACUCAGUUUAUUCAUCAAUCAAUUGACAUUAAAUUAGACUAAGUUUAUUGGUUUGUACGAAAAAAAAUAAUAAACAAAUACAAGAUUAAAAUAUUGAAAUUAUGUGGUAUGAAAAAGCACGAUAUAGGCUCAGAUAAGGGAUAAGAUAAUUGCUAACAACAACCAAUCAUAUUUCAUAUUUACAUGAUAAAUUACAAGAGACGUGUAGAGAGAACUAUUCAUACUUCAUUUUUUUGUUCGAUAUUCGUACUGAAAACAUUUGAUAUAAUAUUUAGUAAAACAAUGAUAUUUUCACUAUUAAGCCAUUUUUUUUCGUUUACUGUUAUCACAAAUUAUCAGCAUUGAGUUGUGAAUGGGAUCAUGAACUGAUCAAUGUUAGACCACCACUGAAAACCUAAAAGUAAUGGACGGCCGUUUCGUCCCGGUAUGGGACUCACCAAUAGUGAGCAUCCACGAUCCCAUAUGUGUGGUUCGAACCUAAGACCUUAGGUCUUGUGCACGAACGCUUAACCUAGUGGAUUGGUUGAAGUUAAACAUUAGCACUGUUAGACGCCGGCUCAGUGGUCUAGAGGUUUGGCGUUCUCACUCGAGAUCAAAGGUUCUGCGUUCGAAUCCUGUGUGUGGAAUCAUAGGUGUGCACUGCUAAGGAGUCCCAAAUCAGGAUGAAAUGGCCGUGCAGUGCUCCCAGGUUUUAAAUGGAGAUUUAACAUUGAUCGGUUUACAGUCUCAGUUAUCUCAAAUUAUUCUGUUGAACUAUAAAUCUCAAUAUUGAACAGUAACAAAAUGCCUGAAAUAGUAUGCAAAAGUGGUAUCAAUCCAUAAUAGAAGUAAUUCAAUAUUAAGUAUACAAUUUAAUAUCAUAGUUUGUAAUUUUUCAAAAAAAUGCCUUAAAAUGAUUAUUCAUAUUCAAAAGUCGGUAUUCAAACAAAGACUAACGUAUAAGUCAUUUGUUUGAUAAAGUAUUAUUUUGUAACAAUUUAUAUCAUAUCACAUUGAUUUAGCUUUGUAUUUCUUUCAAGUGAAUUGGUACCGUUAUUCAGUAAACACUUUUGAUUUCUGUUGUAACGGGUGUGACUGCAGGUAUUAGAUAAGCAGCGUAUUUUUUCGAUCGAUUACAGUGGACAGUGACACGAAAACAUGUACGGACGACCUAGUGCCCUGAUUGGCCCUGCUUCGCUGUCUGUCCCAGCCAGUUGAGUCAAGAACGCAAGUCACAGCCUCUGAGUUAUGAAUCAUUAUAUUUCAAACAUACUUUGUUUAUAUACCAAUCAAGCAUACCACAUCGUACCAUAAAAAUAGAAAAACAACAUUUUGUACAAUAUUCAACAAGUGAACAGAUAUCGACCAAUAGGAAAUGUCCACUUAAAGUCCAAGGACACCAUUGGACUUAACAUCAUAAUUAUUGGUCUAUUUUUCCGACUACCUAACAAUUUCAUUUAAGUUAGUCACUAUCACCAUGACUCAGUACUAUCACUUAUAAUUCUUCAUGCCGAAGUAACAAUAUCAGAUUGUUUGUAAUAGUAACAUUGUUUCAUUUGUGAUCUAGUGAGUGUUAAGAAACAGCUCUUUGAAUUGAUUACUUUCUGAUAAGUGAAUAGUUUCAGAUGUGAGGAGAGUAUACGACAUCAUUGUCUUACUCAGUGUCACUCAUUUGCCGUACGUGAAUUUGCGAUUACAACUUUGGAUCAUUCUAGUUUCCUACGAAGACUAAUAAUAAUAAUAUUAACCGACGUAUGUGAAAUAUAGUUAGAACUCAUUGGUUGAGACCCGAGUGCUUCAGUCACUAAGCCCCCAAUGCACCAUCUGUUUUGCGCCAUAGUUCGUUAAUUAACGCUCACUUUUCGUACUGAACAGACUAUUAUACAGCUAUUGAUUCCAUGUUACAGCCCUGUUUUGUUAUAUAACACAUGUAUCACCCGAUUUCAUCAUUGAUAAAUUCAUCUACUAUUAACACCCAAAACUUUACUUCACAAAAUAAUGAAAGAACGUCUAGGGAUCCGUUCUAUUGAUGUAACUCUCCGUUUUUUUAACCGCACUUUGAAUAUGUGUCCGUUUCAGGCUGGUGUUACCGUUCGGUUAUGUUGUAACGAGUGGACUGCAGGUUUUGAUAAGCAGCGUUUAUAUCGACCGAUUACAGUGACACGUAAGGACGACCUAGAAUCCCGGUUGGCCCCGCUUCCCUGUCUAGCCCAGCCAGUUGAGUCCAGAACACAAGUCACAGCCUCUGAGUUAUGAAUCAUUGUAUUUCAGACAUACUCUAUUUAUAUACUAACCAAACAUACCACAUCGUACCAUAAAAAUAGAAAACAACAUUUUUACAAUAUUUAACGAAUGAAAUAAAUAAUGGCCAAUAGGAAAUGUUCAUUUAACGUCCAAGGACAUCAUUAGACUUAACAUGAUAAUGAUUGGCACAUUAUUCCUCAGCAUCCCUAACAGGUUAUUUAAAACCAGGUAGAUUGGAAGGAUUUGAAAAUUGGAAAUCAAAUACUUCAAUUACUAAGUGACCGACCAUCUUACCUCAUCUCCGCAACUGUAUCAUUACUACUGGUUUAUACACUUAACAUUAUUUCUUACUGUUUCCGACCAAACUAUAAGAAUUGUUUAAAUGUCAAUCAUUCAGACGUAAGAAUAAAGUUAUGUACGGUUGCUGAAAUGCACAUUUUUUUCAACAAUUCGAAAUAGUAGAUAUGUCUUCAGAUCGUUUGUUUUAAAUAUGUUACAUUUAUCACAAACAUGUAUUUAUUACAUCAAAAAGGAUUUGUGGACGGUUGAACUUUCAGAAAUACCGUAGUGGAAAUUACUGCAUAAUUAUUAGGUGCUUAGUUUAUUACAUUUUCAUCAUAUUCUAUUUCUAAUCUUUCAUUCGACCAAUAAACCGUUGUUGUGUGUCUUAUUGUUCCAGAUUUACCAAUGAUUAAUUAUUUCCUUAUUAUUCCGAUUUAAUAUCACUUACGACUGAGUUGUGUACAAAUUGUAAUUUUCUAUUUGUCUUACCAUGCGCUCAGGUAUUUAUGAAGCAUAUCAUUGUAUGAGAUAUAAGCCUUAGUUGAACAAAGUACAAAAGAUAACUAAUCUGCUUCCUAUUUUCGUCUUCUGACUGGACCAUUGGAUUAGCAGCUGAAAGACCGAUAGGCUUUAAGGCCUUCAUUGUUGUUCAUUAGCCUCUGCGUCAUUUGAUAAGUCGGUCACAGCUCCUACAGGCGAUAUAGGCAAAUUAAUGAAUUAUUGGACUAGACAAUACAAUUUGCUCCAUAAUACACUGGUUGAUCACAAUUCGAUGUUAGAACCUGUGUUCAUUUUUGUUCUCAUAACAGUAUUGUUAUAUAGCAGCAUGGGCUGUUCGUUACGCUGAAUUAUUUGGGCGUCUUUUUUAUUUCUAAUUAAUUAAAUACAUUGGGGCUAGUAUUGUCUAAUGUUCCUACCUUUAACUUUCUCCUUUAUCAACAUUAUUGUUUAUUUUCUAUAGAUUUUGGACGACCUAAUGUCCUCUGUUCUGAUGGAUUUCGUACUACACCUCCACCACCCGCUUAUUCCAGUUUAAAGCAUAUCAUUCAACCACCACCAGCUUAUUCAGAAAUUCAAUCUACUAAUGAUCUACUAGCUAAACAAUGUGUUAAUACAUCAACGUCAAUAACCACUACUUUAAAUAUAGGAAAUCCAACAGAAAUCGAACAAUCACAACUUGAAUCAAUGCAUAUAACAUCAUCACCUAAUAUUACUACUACUACUACUACUACUACCACCAACACAAAUUCCCCGCCUUCUUAUUCUGAAGUUGUUUUAUCACGUUCCAAUAAUUCGAAUAACUAUCAGAUCAGUGAUAGCAAUUCAUCUUCAAAUACUAAUGAAACAGACACAACAUACACAUCGAAUCUUGAUACAUCGAGUACAAUCACCAAUUAAUGAAUAAUACAAAUUCCCCCCUCUCUCUCGUUUUUUCUCUCCUUUGUUAUUAGAAAAACAAGCAGCAAUUGUUAUUCGAUUAAAAACAAAAACUAUAUAUGAAUUAUCAGAUUUUUUCCGUCUCUCUCUCUCUAUUCAAUAGUCUCAAAAUAUUUACUAUCUCUUUCUUUUUCAUAUGCCAAACAAAUCACUGCAUAGUUUUCUUAUUUGAAUUCAAUGUUUCAAUGUGUGUUUUUUCUAUGGAAACUUUUUUCUCUCUCUUCCUAGCAACUUUAUUUUUCUUUUGUUUUGUUUUUUGAUUAAACAUAUUUGAUGAAUGAAUAUUAAUCUGUGAUGCUUUAUUAUUACUUUUCUCUGUUCAGUUUUCUUUUCUUUAUUUUUUUUGCAGAUGUUGUAUAUUUUAUACAAGCGUGGAUACGUCAAAUUGUAAUACUAUUAUGAUUUUCUCUGUUUUCAACAUAACUAAGAUCUAUUAAUGCUAUUUAUUUUCGUUAACUCCGCUUUCACAUUCUUUAUUCAUCUUCUAUUGAACGUGUACAAAAAAUAAAACUAAUUUCAAUAUUAUAUAUACAUAUAUAUUCCAAAUGCUGAUCGGUUUUUCUCUUCUUCAUUUGUGUGGUUAUUAUAUCAACAAUGGGGUAAUUUAAAACAUAACACAUUCCAUUGACAUUCUUAUCCAUUGCAAAAGUGAUUGACUAUUUGGACUCAAUAACUAAGUGGAUAAUGCGUUGGCGUUUGAAGUGAAUGAUACUGAGUUCGAUUCCUUAGGUGAAUUUCAACUUUAAGAUGUAAGUAAAUCUAGUUAAACAGUCCCAAAUCGGACGAAACACGCGUCCUAAAUUUCACUGUUAGCCAUAUUCUAUGUAUUCUGUAUUAAAUUGUUGUUAUCGAUCUAAGUAACUAG